UUUCUUCUUUUUUUUGAAUGAACAGUGACGUAGCCCCCACAGGAAACCAGUUGGUUAGUGAGGAGAAUGAAGUAAGAGGCCAGAAUAUAUCCCCGCCUCCUUCCCCCCAGUUCUCUUCUCCUUCCACCCCCGCCCUCCCGCCCCCCCUCUCCAUCCCUCUCUGUCUGCCCCGCUGCAGCUGCACUGAACUCUCCCUGUGGCGCUGCUGCUGCCGCUGCCGCUGCUGCUGCUGCCUCUGCUGCCGCCGUUGCCGCCGCUGCCGUUACAAGUGACUGUGCAUUAGCCGCCAGGACCUCCCGCCGGCGGCGCACAGAGCCGACUCAGUCACCCCAGCCCUGACUUCGUUGCACAGGGGUGGAGGUGGUAGAGGAGUCGCGGAGGAGGAGGCGAGGAGGGGGGAGGUGCCGGUGCUGGUGGUGGAGGUGGAGGUGGUGGAAGAGGAGAAAGGGUGUGCGGCAGCGGAGGAUGCCCCGGUGGGGUACAGCGGAAGAGGGGGUUUAGAGGGGAGAACUUCGUAGCAGUCAUCCUUUUUAGGAAAGGAGGGAAAAAUAAAACCCUCCCCUCACGGCUUUACCCCCACCCCUUCACCAGCACCACCACACACAGCGAGGUCUCCUCUCGCGGAGCACACGGUGGAGUGUGUACGCUUUCUGCCUUCAUUUACCAAGCAGCUUUUUGGAAAAUGUCUUUUCUGUCCGGAGUUUAAUCAAAAGGAGAUUUUUUUUUUUUUGCUCUUCCAUCUUUUUUUCCCUCCUCCUCUCCUCUCUUUUAAAUGGAGACGUGAAGCAGUUAUUGGAAUAGAGAUCAAUGCCUGUACGCGCGCGUGUGUGCGUGUGUAAAUUGCACAGGGAAAACCACAGGACUUCUGCAAAAUACUGGAUUGAAAAUUGUAAUUCAUCUGCUGCCGCCGCCGCCGCCGCCACUGCCUUUUUCUUUCUUUCUUUUUCCCCCCUCAUUUUUGCUUCUGGAUUCUCCGAUUGGGGUUUCUAGGGUUUGACAUUUCUCUGGAGAUGUCUGGAACAGAAGUCUGGGAAUUAAUUUGGAAAUCCUGAUUUUUUCCAACUCCUGAUUGAUUUGGAAGUUUCAAAGCAAAUAGAACUUGAAAAUCCUGAAGAUUUGUGGGAUUUCCCCCCCUUAUGAGCUUGUUCUGUUUUCACAAAAAGGAAACUUGACAGAGGAGCAUACAGUACUUAGAAUACAAGUAAGUUCUUUGCAGAGGAAAAAUUACUUUAUGUAACUUUUAAUAGACCUUUUAGGUUUUACAUAAAGGUGCAUUAGACUAUAUUUGAUUCCAAGACUAGCAAAUUCUUAUAAGUUGUAUAAUAUGUAGCAGAAAUGUUAGGAACGACAUUCACCUAGAGUAUAUAGAAGAAAAUGCACCUGAUUUUGACUCAGUAUGAGUUUUUUUUUUUUUUUUUUAACCUUUCAGCAUCGCCGAGGAAAUAGAAUAAAAUAACCUAAAUAGCGUGCCUCAUUGAAAUAAAAAGAUUCAAAAGGAAUUAAAAUAAUUAAAUACUGUGCAUCUCAUACCAGGGGAAAACACCAGGAAGAACAAAUUCAGAGACAAGACUUCCCUAAAGUCAAGAAAUGAAAAGCACAUCCAAUAAAAUAACUGGAUUAUAAUUAUUGUUCUGUAUUUUGCCAGGUGUGGGGUGGGAGAGGGAAUAAGAGGUGGGUGUUGUCACCAUUUGGCUGCUCUCCUUGGUGUUCACUGCUCUCUCCUUUGGGAAUAAUGGCUCACCCUGGAAGAAGAGGAUAUGAUAACCGGGAAAUAGUGAUGAAAUACAUUCAUUAUAAGCUAUCACAGAGAGGGUACGAGUGGGAUGCUGGAAAUCUGAGGACACCAGCCUCUCCAAGUCUUCCUCCUGUUGUUGCUUCUGCCCCUGCUGUUGGAAUCUUCUCUAACCAGCCAAGACAUACACCUCUGCCUGCUGCACCCCAGGACUUGGCCACUUCUACUACUGCUGCUGCUAGAAACUCACCUUUGCCUCCUCCUCCUGCUGUUGCUGCUGCUACUGUUGCUGCUGGACCAGCUGUCAGUCCAGUGCCACCUGUGGUCCACCUGACUCUUCGUCAAGCUGGAGAUGAUUUCUCUCGAAGAUAUCGAAGAGAUUUCGAUGAAAUGUCAGGUCAGCUGCACCUGACCCCUGUUACUGCUAGGGGACGCUUUGCCACAGUAGUGGAAGAGCUGUUCAGGGAUGGGGUGAACUGGGGGCGGAUUGUGGCCUUCUUUGAAUUUGGUGGUGUUAUGUGUGUGGAGAGCGUCAACCGGGAGAUGUCGCCUCUGGUGGACAGCAUAGCCCUGUGGAUGACUGAGUACCUGAACCGGCACCUGCACAACUGGAUCCAGGAUAACGGAGGAUGGGAUGCCUUUGUGGAAUUAUAUGGCAACAGCAUGAGACCUUUGUUCGAUUUCUCCUGGCUGUCUCUGAAGACUCUCCUCAGCCUGGCUCUGGUGGGAGCUUGCAUCACUCUUGGUGCCUACCUAGGACACAAGUGAAUAAGCAAACACACACAAUGGAUAGAUAUGCAAAAGACUCACUAAACUGUAGAAAUAGUAUGCAUUUUUUUUUCAGUGAUCCAUAAUAAAAUUUGGGUGUGGUCUCUUUAAAAAAAAAAAAAAGGAAAACAUUGGAGGAAAAAAAAAACUUCUGGGCAAAAUAUUAAAUCAGCUAUUUACUGCCAAAGGGAAAUAUCAUUUAUUUUUACAUUAUUAAAAAAAUUUAUUUAUUUAAGACAUUUACAUGUAACCUCCUGUCUUCAGAAACUCUGCCGCUUACAGCAAAGUAACUCUUACUAUGGCUCCACACAGAAUCUCCUGUGCCUAUAAAUGCUGAUUUGUUUUAGACGGAGUUGGCUGGACUAACUCAAUCUCCGAAGAACAAACAAACUGACAAAGGACCUUACUGUUGGGGAAGAGCUUUUUUAGGCUGCUUGAUUAUAGGGAGGUGGGGUGCAUUUUAUGUGCAUUUAUUUGCCCUGCAUGGAAAUAGAAUUAUUUCCUGCUAGGAAAAAAAUGACACUUUGCUUAUGAUUUGCAUGGUGCACACACCAUCCAAGAAGAAAAGGAAAUUUGAGGGCAGACUUAUGGUCCGUUAAGAUUCUUCAUAUUUCCUCCACCUCCCCAGGACAGCUAUGGGAAAUAUAAUCAUAAAUCAUAUAUGAAAGUAUUUUUUUAAGCUACCAAUUGUGCCGAGACAGCUUUUUAACGAUUAAGACAAUAUCAUCCAAUACCUUAAACACUGAUUUGUCUAUUCAGAUACUCAGAGAUAUGUCAGUCCAAAUACUCCCUAUCUGAGUAGGAAACUGGCUCCUUUGGAACAUCAAGAAAUCAACAUGUCAGUGAUUUCUUCAGCAUCAGGGUGUUUUUUUUUUUUGAACUACUCACACAGAAACAUCAGGACACCAUAAGUGCCUGUUUCUCCAGGGUAAGACUGCAGCUUGCAGGCCUGUCUUGUGUCCCAACUAAGUGGGCUCAUUCCUGGAACCACUCCCAUGCAGGCACUGGUCUCCAUGAGGGUUUCUAAACAGUGCAGUGUGGUCUCUGAAACUUUGGAAGUUAACAAAGUUUUGAAUUCCAUUGGCAAAUAAACAUUUUUCCAUUCAAGAAAGAACUCUAAGUGGGCUCUAUUAGGGCCUGUUUAUCAAAUUGGAGAUAAUGAAAUCAAUUUAAGCUCAUUUUUCCAAUUUAAAGUGGAAUUUGGGGACGAAAACUAUUUUUUCCACAUUGGUCAUUUCUUAAGUUUGCCGUCGAAGAAGACAAAGCUCUCAUAGUCAUCUCCCAGAUCAUCCUGACAAUUUUAGAAAACUGAUUCAGUCCAGGAAGAGGCAAAAAAAGGGGAACCCUGCUGCCUUUGUGUUGGAGGGAGAGAGAGAAAAAAGAGACACACACAGAGAGAAUGUGGUUAAAAAAAAAAAAGGACUUGAAUCCCUUUUAUAUCCAGAUUUUAAAUCAAUCUCAAUAAGGCAGACAGAUGAGGAACAGUAAAUUGUACCAAAUACUGUCCAAACAGCAUGCCUGUAUUUGGGACUGAGCUCUGACAUAUUGAUGUGGUUCAAAGGAAGGUUUUAAUAAAGAAGGGAAAUGUCAAAAGGAGUGUCAUGGACUAAUUAACUUAUGCCUAUGGAAUUUGAUGGGAAAACUCAUUAACUCAUCAUUAUUAUUGUUUGUUCUUAUUUGGAAACCUGGAAGGGGGAGAAAAAUUCCAGUUGUGGAAUUUGGAGAUUAUCUGCACAUCCUGGGAGCAAAGAAAAGAAACAGUGGCUAAAACUGUUGAGGAAUCUCAAAAGAGAUCUAGCCUCCAGCUCAUAAACUAGAGAAGAAUUUGUAUUUUAAGUUUAGAUUUCGCUUUGUGAUAUACAUGAAAUACCUUUGAGGCAUUAUGGCAUUAUAUACCAUUUAUCUGUAUUAACUUUGGAAUGUAUUUUGUUUAAUGUUUAAUGCUGUAGUUGAUGUGUUUUCAAAGCUGCUUUUUUUUUUUUUUUAGGUAUGUGCAUCUCAGCAUUUAAAAUUUUUUUAAUUUAGUUAUGACCUCUACACUAUUUGUUAGCAAGGACGAGAAUUUUCCAUUUAAAGUUUUGUAUUUUGACUCUCCAGAAACUCUUAACAAUGCCUCUUGUAGUCUUUGGACCUCGGACAGCUGAAGGAGAGGGAACUGUAGCUUUUGAGGGCAUUCAUCUCAACAGGUUUUGUACUAUGCUUUGAAACAGAAAUGUUGGAAUAAAGCAAAACGGCAUUUGCUGUUGUACCCCUGACCUUGUUCCUUAUAGUUUUAUUUAACCUGAAUAAUUCUGAGUUUAGUAACUCAAGUUAUUUGAGAAUGUGCACAUUCAGCUAUAACCAUGGGGUUCAUUUGCAUGAAUUUUCUAAGAUAGAGACUUUCUAGGGCCUUAUAGUAAUUAAGACUCUAGCCCUAGGAGUGUGUAACUUUUAGACUUGCAUCAAAAUGACCCAUUUAAAUAUAGGUACCAAGGAAAGCCAUAGGAGCUUAUUUAAAUAGGUCAUUUUUCAUGAGAGUUAGUAGCACUUAUGGGUUCACAUUUGGAACAGAAUAGACUUGUAGAGUGGAAAAUGGCAUGAAUUAUAAGUCAUUAUUCAGAACCAAAUUAGUGAAGAAGAUAAAAUGAUUUUUUUGGUUUCAAUUUUAAAAUGUUUUAUUAUUUUAUGAAAGGUUUACAUUUUCAAAAGUGGCAAAUAUUGAACUGAAAGCCCUGUGCUGCUAUGCCAACAAGAUCACCUGCAUGGAGUUGGUUUUGUAGUUCACUCCAAGUGUCAAGAUUUUCCAAGCUGCUUUAGAAGUAAUAUGAAGUACCUGAUGAACAUUUAAAAGAUAAAGUCUGAUUGGUGUUUGGUUGUCUUUGUGGUUGUUGUUGUUAUUGUCCUUUGAAAAAAAAAACCUGGGUUUCCCACUAUAUGAGUAAAGUGUGUAUAUAUAUGUGUGUAUAUAAAUAUAUAUAUAUUAAAAAAUUAGUCAUGGUGGUUGAUGUUUGUUUGGUUUUCUCUUGCUAUUGGGGAUCUCAUUUUCUGGUAUUCCCCAUGAAAAACUUUUGCCACCUGACUCUAGAAUUGUACAGUAUUUCCAUGCCUGCACUUGCUCAGAGACUAGUUGAUAAUGCAUUUCUUUUUGUUAAAGAUAUAGAAAUGAUGAAUGUAUAUAAAAGUUUGAACUAAUCAAAUUUUUUUCUUCAUCUCCUUUCCUAGGAUAUUGUUCUCUAGCUCUAUACCUUUGGGUAUACCCUCAUUGAAUCAUUUACACCUAAUGUUUAUGACAUGCACACACGCAUGCACACACACAUACACACACACACACACACACACAUACCUCAUACUAUGUAUUGGUUGUCUAGGGCAGAGAUAUAAAAGACACAUAUUUUCAACUGGGUCCAUUGACAUUAAGAAAAGGCUAUGAGGGAAAGAACACUCCACUGUCCGCAUGAAUAAAUAAACCCUUAAUUCCUAAAGCUUUAAAAGUCUUUCACAUAGAAAAGCAACACUUUUACACUAUUGUAGAAGAAGAAAAAAUGCUGCAUUGGGUAGUCAACCAAGCUCUACCAUCCAAAAUAUUCAAAAAGGACAGAAAAUUAUUUUUAGACUCUCUCUUUGUGGAAACUCGAGUUCAUAAAUAUAGCAAGUACCCAGCUAAUAAAACAAAACAAAACAAAAGACAAACAAGAGUGUGCCCUCAAUUCUCCAUUUCACCUUGUAAGUUUCAGAUUUGCCCAUUUAUUUAGAAAUGGCUUUUAAUUAUAUAGUCAGUCAUCAAGCAUUUAGACUGUUUCCUUUUUUCCCAGCACCAGAUGCAAUGAUUAUAAAAUCAAAAAAUCAAAAACAUAAGAAUUAUGUUUAAAAGUGAAGAAUCAGAACUUCUCAGCAACAUGACAUGAAGGACUGACUAAAUUUUCAAGAGUCUAGCAAUGCUUAAUUUACACUGAAGUAAAUAAUUAAGAAUUUCCACUUUAAACCCCAAUUUAACCUAUUGAAUUCUUUCAAGGUUGUGGCUAUGGUUAGUUACCCUUUCUUAUCACUUACAUUGAAUGAUUUACAUGGGCUGUGUGAAAGACAGAGAAAGGUCUUUGGGAAACAAAUAUUUCUAAGGACAUCAAGGAACAGAGUUUAAGCUCUGAUUCUAAUUCUGUCCUUUGGUGUCAUAAGCAAUAGGAGAUGAAUGUGAUUGUUCACAUAAAAAAACAACAACAUAUUCACACACUCAGACGCACACAGGUCUAAAAUUCAAGUCCAUGUAGAGCCUAAUCAGAUUAUUCUUGUUACUUUGAAUUAUAUGUGUUUUUAGGAGUUUUAUUGUAAUAAUGGAGGAAGGGGAAGGAAGAAAGAGAUUAACAGUAGUAAAUCAGGUUCUGAAAACAAAUCAGUCUUAACAAAUAUUUUACAGAAUUAGUGGACCUGAUUAAUUUGCUGUAAAUAUGGAAAAAUUGAAAUAGAACCUUUGUUAGUGCUAAAUAUAUCAUAUGAUAAUGACCCAGUAUGAUAAGAGAGUAUUUUACUACUCUCAUAUACAGCUCUAUUGGCACCAGUGGACCUAAAAGUUCAUUUCAGUAUGAUUGUCUUGCUUAAAAAACUCCUUUGAAAGUUAACAUUCUGGAUAUAAGUUUGCAUUCCAAGUCUAUGUGAUAGGUAUUUAAACAGUCAUUUGUUUAAAUUGGUGGAAUAAUCAUUGACACAGCCUGCCUUAGAGUGGGGACAUUUCUUUUUUGCUUAUUUGCUAUCAUGAUAGUUUCAUACAGCAUCAUGAUAGUGCUGGCAAUGUAACUCACAAUUCUUUCUAAUUAAAUUGAGGAAUAAUGAUACCAGUCAGUGAAGUAUGCAAAAAAAAAGAAGCACUCUCUUUUAUGAUCUGGUACUCUCUUUCAUGGUCACUGAAUGUAUGGGCCCUUACAAUUAAGUCACAAUGGGAACUGAACAUUGUAAAUAGUUCAGAAGAAACUCAUCAUUGCUCUCAGAAAAAUAACCCCAAAAUGUCUGUUCUGCUGCUGAUAGUCAAUCAUGCCAUCUCUAUAUACAACAGACAGCAUAUCAAUGACCAAAAAGACUGAAACAGCAACUUGGUAUCCUAAUCGUUUAUAUAAAGGUACGAGGACAAUCUUACAAAUAUAUAGCAGAGAGGCUAUAUUACAGCUGAUUUUUAAGUCUGUGUUAUUACAAGUUGACUCUAAUUUAGCAAGUGGUCAUUAACUCCAAGUAUUUCCAUUCUUUCCUUGGGAAAAAGUUUAUAGCUAGUUUUCUUGAUGGAAUGUAAUACAAUCUCCAUUUAUAUUGGCCAGGGUAGCAUUGUGAAUAGUAGUAGGUGAUCUAAUUUCAUUUGGAGAACCUAAACAGCUGCAUUCAUUAAAAAUUUUUGAAGCCUUCAAAACAUCCAAAUACUAUUUGCUUGGAUUCUCUUUUUUUUCAUCCUUAAAUUAAACUUUAAACAUAAUUCAAUUUUAUGCUGAAUGUUUUGAUUUUUAUAGGAACUACUCUAAGUUUUCUGUUUUUAACUUGGGAGCUGAGUUUUCAGUAUCACCAGCAUCACUGUACAUAAAGCAAUUUUGUUUAUGCAGUACCUUGGAUAUAUGUAUGGGAAAGUAAAGUAGUUUUCCAGUUCGCUACCAUUAAUUACAAUGGCAUUGUUUUAUAUUAGUUGUUGGGGGGGAGAUCACAUUGCCAUUAAAUUUGUUGUGUCUGUCCAGUUAUUAUUGUGAAAGAAGAAAAAUAAAGUGCACUGUGAGCUAUUGGUUA